AUGUUCAUCGUCGGCAAGGACGAAUACGUAGAGUUCAACGAGUCCAUGGGCUCAAAGGCCUUCCUCGAACACAUCUGGGAUCAGAGCCAGACCCCGCUCGAGUCCAGAGACGUCUCGGCCGGCCACCUGCACUCGACUGGAGCCAGGAUCUCGCCCACGCCUCCGCCCCGCAUCGAGUUCCCCACCGUCUAUCGCGUCAAGGGCAAGGGCAACACGUACAGGUCCAGCGGCAAGUACAUCAGCUGGGACGAGCUCGCCCGCCUCAACCCGCUCGCCGUAAAGGCGCCCCCGAGCCUCGAAGAGUUCCAGGCGCGAGGCGGCCAGGUUGGCUCCGGUCCCCGUCUCAAGCCCGGCGAGCUUCUCCGGCGAGACGAGCCCAUGGCCAGGAUCCGCAAGCAGGCUUCGCUCGUGGCGUCCAAGGAGUUUAGCGAAGAGGAUGGCUGGAUCGGCGGGUCCUCGGCGAGCAUCUAUGCCACGGCCAAGCCGGCCACGCCGUCGCCCUCGAACUCGUCGUCCGACAGGAAGAAGCAAUCGACGAGCACCACGCCGCUGCAGCAGCCAGAGACACCCGAGAGGAGAGUGCAGCCACCGUCGCCCUCGUCAAAGCCAAAGUCGCUCUUCGAACGGCUGGGAAUCGAUGAGAUGACGACGCCCCCUCCCAAAGCCACCGAGCCCAGGCAGCUGCGCACCACGCCGUCCCCCGGCAUCCGGCGUCCUGGCGCCAAGAUCCCUUCUCCACUGCCCCUGACCAGCCCCGCGAGAAACAACGGGCCCCUUUCGCCUGGUGGCGCUCAGACCCCGCUGAGCGCCUCGCACCCUCCGCCCGAGACUCCGCUCAAGAUGUCGCACAGAGGGGGCCCGCAGACGCCCGCCACGCCACAUCACCCACUCUACGCCUAUUCCCAUCGCAACGACGAGGACGCCGCGAGGGCGAGCGGUCUGGGUCUCGGCCUCACGCCCCACAAGCCCACGAUACCGCUAGCCCACCUCGGUAGCCCAGAGACCCGCGCGGGCUUGGUCCACGAUCCAGCCGCGCCCUACACGCAGAGCAGCGACGGCUCUCCCUCGAACGCCAUGAAGCCGGAAGGUGCUGCGCCUGCAUCGGCCGCAGGGUCCACUACGUCGUCGACCGCCGGGUCACAGAUCGAGGCCAUGCUGGAGCGACUCAGAAAGGCUCGGACCGGCCUGGGCACGGAGGCGAGCAUGUGGGCCCCCAAGAUUGCCUCCGGCACGGCGCCAGAGCCAUCUUCGCAGCCCUCUUCGGCUUCCAAAAAGUCGCGGUCGGGCACUUCAGGCGUCGCUGCCGCCGCCGACAAGCUCAGCUCGGCCAUGGGCAGCGGGCGAAAUGGAGAGUCUCCGGCCGCGUCGGGCAGGAGGAAGCCUGGGCACAGGCACAACGGACUUCAGCUCUCGCUCGGGCAGGGUAUCGAGGUCAUGCAGAACCUGGAUGAAAAGGCCGAGGACGAGCUGCUUGGCGGCAAAGAGGAGCGCAACGAUGCCGACGUCGAUGGCUGGCUUGGCAACAUCGUGCCACCCACCCCUGCGCUCGGUGCCGACUCGCCCCAGUUCGACGGCGGUGCCGACGGCAACGAGCGCGGAUCGGGCAGCUUCUGGGGCACGGUCGCAUCCAGUCCAGAGGCUCCGCGUGCGAGUCUCUUGUCGUCCCGGCCUUCGUCGAGGGGCAAACCCAACGGCACGGGUCACUUUGGGUUGCAGGAGGUGUGGAGCGGCGACGACGACGAUGAGGAGGACGCUUUCGGAAGGGCUGCCAACGGCCAGCUGCGCUCGAACCGGAACGACGCUACAGUCGCCCCGUCGGCAUCGCAAUCUCAGAGAGCUCCUCCGCCUUCCCUCAGCUUCAAGUCCAAGACCCCGUCGCCAUCGCGCUCGCAGCUGGAUACAUCGGGCGCACAGGACACCACCAGGCUGUCGCCAUCCCCCUCGGCACUCGGCGCGCCUCGGAGCAGAGACGGUGCCCGAUCGCCCAGCUCUCGCCUGUCGCCCUCGUCGCUGCCUUCGCCCCUGGAUGACUCGGACGGCGAUGCUGAUGUCGAGGACGAUGCCGACAGGGCCUCGCACAACUCGCGCAGGUCGAAGCCAAGGUCGUCGCCGAGCAACAGGAACGGGCGCUACGACGACGGGUCCUCCAAGGGAGCGUCAUCUGACGCCGGGCGCUCGCAGAAGGGCAAGCGUGAUGCAUCCGAGAGAAAGCGGGGCCGCCGAUCUAGCCAGAGUCAGGAGACCAAAGGCCGCGACGCCGCGGACGCCACCUCGAGCGACCAGAAGCAUUCGGAAGUGUCUCCAGCCAAGACACCCGUGCUUGCCGCAGAAGAGAGCACAGGAAAGGCUCAAGAGGCAAGUCCAACUCUGCGAGGCGACUCAACGGAAGCCGCCCUGGCGACUGGCCCGAAGGAUGCCGAGCCCGACGCGCCAACCGACUCGGGCACGCCCGGCGAUGCUGUACCGGACGUGGCCGCCCCAAGCGAUGGGCGGGCUAUCACUCCCAGCGCCGAAGGCGACGCGAUCCACGACCCCGCAAAGGCGGAGGCAAACGAACUGACCCCCGCCUCAGCCGAGGAACAGCGAGGCAGCACACCACCUGCACCCAGCACGGACCUGCCUUCCAGCAAGACCGCCGAGGUCGAGCCCGCUGGCACCGCGACCGAAGUCACGACCUCCUCGGACCUCGCUGAGUCCUCCGCUGUCAAGGAAGUGAGCGAGAGCGAAAGCACUUCCAGCAAGACGGUGCCCCGUUCCGAGUCUGGAAUCGACUGGGCCGCCGACGACGACGACAUCGACGACACCCUGCCCGACCUCGACGACUGGGGCAUCACGAUCCCGCCGACACCGAGCUCCAAAUCGACUGCCCAGUUUGCGUCCCCUUCGACGUCCAAGCCGGCAUCUGAGGCAUCGACGGCGUCGGUGGUGGCAAAGGGGGUCGAGAGGCCGCACCCGCAGCCGCCGCCGCAGAAGCCACGAGCGGCGGACAGGAGCGGCGCUGGAGAAGCUCGCGGGCCAGCGUGGAAGCGGGCGGAGCGUCCACCGGCACCGUCGGCCCUCGACAGUCGAAAGGCACAGGAACCUCCGAAGGGUCCGCUGGGCAUCCGUAUCGCCGGCCGUGCUGCUGCGGCUGCUGCUGGAGACAGGACGGAGACGGCCAAGCCCGCAGCGAGGAAGGAGCUGCUGGACGGCGCAAGGCAUUCGAUGCACGCGCAGAACGGCAGGCCAGCCGAGGCUGCUGGGGCGCCGGCCAAGAGCCAGCCGCCGCCCGCCGCCACUCCAUAUGGCCGAUGGAAGUCGGGCAGUGGUGCGGCCGCCAAUCCCGCGCGCGGUGACGCAGCGGCGCCUGCCACAAUGCCGAAUCCCGCCGAAGAUGCCGGCAUCACGAUCAAAGGGAACAACGGCAAGCACCCGACGGCGUCGUCGAAGGGUACCCUCGAGGCGGCGGGCGCUUUUCGGCGAGAUCGAGCGGCCGUCCGACCGCGCGUGGCGGCCGACAGCGGCGCGUUUGCCCGGCUGGUGGGCGGGUCCGUGGGCUCGAGCGCGUCGGCCGGUGCUGCCGCUGCUGCCAAUGGCAAGCACGCACCAUCGGUAGCAGCGGCAGCAGCGAAAGCCACCGCGCGGACCCCAUCGCCGCCCCCGGUGGCAGCGGCCGCCGCGACGCCAAAGAAGGAGAUGGGUGCGGCGGCGUCGAUGCAUGCUCCUCGGCCCGCAUCGGCGACGAGCACCAGUGCGCUGGACUCGGCGAUCGUCUCUGCCGCAGCGCCCGCGCCGUCGCCGGCCGCCAAGAUCGCGGUGCGGCUUCCCGGCUCUCAGGCGCCCAAGGUGAACGAAACGAGCGCGACGGCGGCGGUGGUCGGAGAUGCCAAGAGCCCGAGGAUGCCGCAUGGGUUCGAGCACGUCAACGGGCGCAGGAAGUCGAGCGGCGGUCGGUCCGGUGGUGGUCGAUCUGGCGGCGGUCGGGGGGGAGGCGGGAAGAAGAAGCGCUGA